AUGACGCAUCUCCUCCCACCGAUGUUGUUGAACCUGUUCGCCCCGCGGCCGCCGCUGCGAUGGGUUGAACCGGCCGACCACGCGCCGGAGAAGCGCUGCACACCCAAAAUCUCUGGCGUUGGGCAGUACCUGCAAGCCCUGCAGGAAUACAAGGAAACGGAUGUCUACGUGCCGACCGACAGCUGGCUGCAGAAGCGCGACCGCAAGAAGCUAGAAAAGAAGGAGAAACAGGAGAAACUUCUCACUGACGGCAUCACCGAUUAUAAACCCAGCGAAGAUCCCAAAGUCCAGGGCGACGCCUUCAAAACACUCUUCGUAUCCCGCCUAGCCUACGGCGUCACCUCAGAAGAUAUCGAACGCGAAUUUGGCCGCUACGGUCCCAUUGAGCGCAUCAGGAUUGUCGAAGACAUCACCGCCCCAGCCGACGCGCCAGUCAAGAAGCGGAAGCGUGGUUACGCCUUCAUUGUGUACGAGCGCGAGAAGGACAUGAAGGCCGCCUACAAGGAGACCGACGGCAUCAAAAUCAAGGAUCGACGCGUGCUGGUUGAUGUCGAGCGCGGCCGUACGGUAUCUGGAUGGCGCCCGCGUCGUUUCGGAGGAGGACUCGGUGGUCGAGGCUACACCAAAGGCCCUGCUGCUCGUGGCCCUGCUGGCCCUGGCUUUGGUCCUCCCGCAGGACCCGGCGGCUUUGGAGGCCGAGGUGGAAGCUUUGGCGGUGGUGGCUUCGGCGGACGUGGUGGUGGUCGUGGCGGCUUUGGCGGCGGCGAUCGAGGAGGCGGCUUCCGGGGAGGCUUUGGUGGCGGAGGCGGAGGCCGUGGCGGCGGUGGUGGUGGGUUUGGUGGUGGUCGAGGAGGCAUCGGCUACCAAUCGAACGGGUACGGCCCUCCCGACGGCGCCCCUGCUGGUCCUCGUGGUCCACGAGGUGGUGGGUUUGGCGGCGAUCGAGGAGGCGGAGGCGGGUACGGGGGAGAUAGAGGUGGAGGCGGCCGAUACGAAGACAGGCGCAGCGGUGGCGGCGGCGGCGGAUUCAACGAUCGCGGCUCCAGUGGUGCGAACAACGAACCUCUCGGCAGCAGAGACCGGUAUCGAGAUCGAGAUGGCGGGUAUGGCGGCGGAGGCCGAGAUGGCGGUGCAGGCCGAGAUGACGGCUCACGAAAGCGCGGCUACGAGGGCGACAGCUACGAGGGCGACAGAUCACGCAGGAGAUACUAG